AUGAAACAAGGAGGUCGUGGUGGCGGUGGAGGUGAGCAAGGAAAGUACCGGGGAGUUCGAAGGCGGCCUUGGGGAAAAUACGCGGCGGAGAUACGUGAUUCUAGGAAGCAUGGUGAACGCAUAUGGCUUGGAACGUUUGAUACCGCGGAGGAAGCAGCUAGAGCCUAUGAUCAAGCGGCUUACUCCAUGAGAGGCCAAGCCGCGAUUCUUAAUUUCCCUCAUGAGUAUAACAUGGGUAGUGGUGGUGCAGCCACAGUGGCUGGAUCCUCGUCCUCCUCCGCUUCUUCUUCUAGGCAAGUUAUUGAGUUUGAGUAUUUAGAUGAUAGUGUUCUGGAGGAACUCCUCGAGGAUCCUAACAAGAAGAAUAGUAACAAGGGAAAGAAGAAGUGAGUGAAAUGUUAAUUCGUUUUCAC